GCAUAUACGAUUAGAGUAUUGUAGCGGUUGGUUUGACCCUGAUGAUUUGGUUGGAGGAUGGGACUAACUUUAACAUUUCAGCAUAGUAAUCCAAGUCCAAAAAAGUCUGAUGAUCUUACGAAUAAUCCUCAGUGGCCUUCUAAAUUUGUUGACUUGCACCAUUUACCAGCUGAACUUGCACUCAAUGUGUUGUCCAGGCUAAAUGCCACUGAUUUAUAUUUAGCUUCUUGUGUGUGGUAUGAUUUGGCUUAUGAUGAGGUUUUGUGGAGAAGUUUGUGUAAGGCGUCAUGGCCGUUCUGCUCAGCUUAUAAUAAUGGAGUAUUGCAGUCCGAACCAUCAUUUCGUCGGCUGUAUCUGAGAUUAGAUGAGGCACGUCUAACUUUCAAUGCGGAUGCGUUUGAAGGUAUGGCAUACAUGUUCAAACACCGGUUGGUUGAUGAUAAUAUUGAUGACCUUGUGAACUUUUUUCACUCAGCAGUUGGUCUAGAUCCAUUCCAGAAAAGAAGAUUUUUGGAGACUAGGCCACAGGUGUUGAGGGGAUUGAUGAACUUGAAAGACUUCAGGAACCAUUCUCUCCCAAAUGCUUUGCGACGUCUUUUUGCUGAACUACCGGCUCCACCAUCAGGACCAGGUGCAUCUCCGUUUAUUCACCUUCUGGUCAGUAUGUUCUCUGAGAGGUUUACUCAGUGUAACCCAGACCUUGGCAUUACAAGGGAUGAAGUCUAUCUACUAUGCUUCUCAAUGAUCAUGUUAUCAGUUGAUCUUUGGAGUCCAUCAAUAAAAAACAAAAUGUCUAAACGUGAAUUUAUUCGUAAUACAAGACAAGUAGUAACUACGGUAUCAGAUGAAUUCCUCGGUAAUCUCUAUGAUAAUGUAUACAUUGUUGGUCAUGUUGUACUAAUCGACUGUUCUGGACCUCCUUUCCGUCAUCUUGAAGCCAAAGCAAUCCUUAUUAAGAAUCAACCUUUGCCAUUAUUAGCCUUUUGACAAAUGAACUUCAGAUAACCAGAAACGAUUAUCAUGAAGGAACUCUGUCAGGUAGCAAGAAUCUGCUGCUGAACAAAUUAUACCGGACCAAAUAGAGGCAGACAUUACAUAACGGACGGUCAAGUAGAAUUCAAAUAGGAAGUGGAAAGUCCUCCGUGGGCCCAACGAUGGUAUACAGACAGAAAUGAAAGCUUGUAGGCAGAGUUUUGGAGCCAGAGGGAAGUUACUGCAGGGAACCGAGUGGGCUGAAGAUGUUCUGCUUGGAGUUGAAAGAAUGAAUACCAAUACAGUUGGAAUUUAGCAUGCUCAUCAAAAGAAGGCAAUUUUUUAUGGAGUUAAAAGGGAAAGCUAUUGCACACAGAAUAAAAAUGCUUGAUUUUUAUUCAAACCCGUAAAAGUGAAGUGUACUUUUAAAAAGAAUGAAGAGGUAAAUAAAUUUUCUUGUCAAUGA